CCGCGUCCUGGCCGGGGUUGGGCCGCCUCUUUCCCGCCCCGAGGUUUCCCGCGGAAAGACGGCUGCCCUCCACCUCCUCCGGCUGUGGGCGGGCCGUCACUGCCUGGGCCCGGCCUGCGGGAAGUUCCCGGUGGGGAAGUUUGCUGCCGGCUCCAGGGGAAGGCCGCGGAGGCCCUGCGGAGGUGCGAUGCCGCCUAAGGGUCGUGGCAGAGGCAAGCUGCCAGUUCCUCUCCCAAGAGACAUGAUCCUGAAAGACACUGAAGGAAAAGUCUGGAAGCUGGGCAGUCAGAUCGGCCAGGGCGGAUUUGGCUUGAUCUAUUUAGCUACCCCUCAAACCCAUGGUCCUGUAGAAGAUGAUGCAGUGCAUGUAAUUAAAGUGGAAUAUCUUGAAAAUGGUCCCUUGUUUUCUGAACUGAAAUUUUACCAGAGGGCUGCAAAACAAGAGCAUAUAAGAAAAUGGAUGAAUCUCAAAAAAAUAAGAUGUUUAGGAAUUCCAGUGUUUUGGGGAUCAGGCUUGGCUGAGUACAAGGGAAAAAGCUAUAGAUUCAUGGUCAUGGAGAGACUGGGGGAAGACCUUCAGAGAAUCUUGGAAGAUUGUGGAAGCAGAUUUAAGAAGGAGACUGUUCUGCAACUUGGGGCACGAAUGUUGGAUACUUUGGAAUAUAUACAUGAAAAUGAGUAUGUUCAUGGCGACAUUAAAGCAGCAAAUCUACUUUUGGGCUACACCAAUCCACACGAGGUUUAUCUUGCAGAUUAUGGACUUUCCUACAGAUAUUGUCCCAAUGGGAACCACAAACAGUAUCAGGAAAAUCCUAGGAAGGGCCAUAAUGGGACAAUAGAGUUUACCAGCAUAGAUGCCCACAAGGGAGUAGCCCCAUCCAGACGAGGUGACCUUGAAAUCCUCGGCUACUGCAUGCUGCAAUGGUUAUGUGGGAAGCUACCCUGGGAACAGAACCUGAAGGACCCUGUUGCUGUCCAGACUGCGAAAACAAAACUUAUGGAUGAGCUCCCAGAUUCAGUGACGGAAUGGGAUUCUUCUGGAAGCAGCUGUAGUGAAAUAUCCAAGUUUUUGUCACACGUUUAUAGCUUAGCUUAUGAUGAGAAGCCGAAGUAUCAAGUGCUGAAGAAAAUCCUGCUGGAUGGACUAGAGUCAAGUGGAACUUGCUACGAUGGCCCUCUGGAAUUUUCCACCGCAGCAUUCAUGCGAAAUAACUGCGCCGCUAAAGCGUCAAAAGUUUGCUUACCAAAGCCUGUACCAAAACUAGUCCAGCACAAGCAAAAAAAGAUGGAAGGUGAAGAACACACCUAUCAAAACAAGGGCUGUGCUGGGGCAACAGGCAAACAACUCCCAGAUGAAGAAAAACCAAGUAAAUUAAACAGGAUGCUUCACCAGGUGGAGCCUCAGCAGCAUACAGAAUUACUGCCUGUACAUCAACAGGCUCACUUACCAAAGCCUUCACUGAAACCAGUGCAACAGAAGCAAAACAAGGUGAAAGAGGAAGAAUGUAACUGCCUAAGCAGGCCCCAGCCUCGGGUGACACGCCGACAGUUGCAGGCUGAAGAGAAGCCAGUUAAAUUUUACACUGCGAUUCAGGAGCCUGACCACCCACAAAAGAAAGAGACUGCCAGACACUUGCCACCAUUCAACCCACAAGUGAUAUUCUCAGAAUCCAAAAAGAAACUUGAUCACCUCUUACCUACAGAUCACCCAGCACCAGUGCAAGAGCCCAGUUCUGACAGCACUAGGCCGUCUAUAUCUAUUACGUUUAUGUUUGCAUUCACUGACGAGACCUACCACUACAGUAUAGCUAUACUUGUACUUCUCCUACUAAUACUACUUUCCUUGUAUCUUCUUUGAUGUCACUGUUCCGGUGUCUUCAGUGUAAGUGCAGUCCUGUUCCUGUCACGGAGGUUUUUCCUCAAAGUUUCUUCGUUGAAGAUUUCAGUGUCAGGGGCUUGGAAAAGAUUUUUUUUUUUUAAUAAUCACAUCAAUACGUAUCUUUUAAGGGCAAGUUCACUUAAACUGUCCCAGUCUGCACUCGAUAGUUACACAUAACACUAAACUAUUUGAACAAGGCUGGGCUGUGUUACAAAUGUUGGGAUUUGGGUUUGUAUUUUUUUUUAAACUGGACCUUUGCUUACAGCAUCAUUUAUUCUGACACUGGUAUAUUGAUAACUGGUGUGUAGCCAUCCUUAUACUGUGUUUCAGAAAACCUUCACGUUUUGGAAACUUUUUAUUUGGAAACUGAUGGAUUAAAUGCAUGGCAAUUUAAA